UAGAAACGUACACGCGCAUUUAUUACUUGAAUGAACUGUAAAGCUGUCUAUUUCUUUGUUACCACGUGGCAUCGGGAAUUAUAUAUUUUACUAUAUUAAUAAAUUUAUAAUUAUAGAAUAAUACUAGUUCAAGUUCGUUUGUUUAUGUAAAAUAGCCAAUGCCACGGAACUUAAAUUGUCUCGUGACCCCGCUCUGACCCAGUUGCGUAACACUUGUUGAUGUGGCGUUCGUUUCCUAGUCGAAAGUUUUUAAAUCCAUGCGCCAUUAGAGUUAUAAAUUUAUUUUAAAGUUAUGAAUAGCUUUCCAUUUCCGAUUUCCGAAGGUUCCGGCGCAUUAAAAAUAGUAGAAUAUUUGGGCGAUUUCCGAUUUACUAAGCCACAAACGCCUCAAUUAUCUCCUCAAGAAGAACAAGAAAAAUUGUUGGAUGAAGCUCUUGGUGUUGUAAAAGUUCAGUCAUUUCAAAUGAAAAGAUGCCUUGAUAAAAGUAAAUUGAUGGAAGCAUUAAAACAUGCUUCUAAUAUGCUUGGAGAACUUCGAACAUCGUUAUUAAGUCCAAAAAGUUAUUAUGAGUUGUAUAUGUCAGUUUCUGAUGAGUUAAGGCACUUAGAGCUGUAUUUGUUGGAUGAGUUUCAGAAAGGAAGAAAAGUCGCAGAUUUAUAUGAAUUAGUACAGUAUGCUGGAAAUAUCAUUCCACGAUUAUAUCUACUGAUUACAGUUGGAUUGGUAUAUAUGAAAACAAAUGAGCAUUCAAAGAAAGAUAUAUUGAAAGAUGUUGUAGAGAUGUGCAGAGGUGUUCAGCAUCCAUUAAGGGGUUUAUUUCUAAGAAACUACUUGCUGCAAUGCACUCGAAACAUUUUGCCAGACAGUGAUGAAGAAACUACUCCAGAUGGUGAUACAAUUGGAACAGUCAAAGAUUCAGUAGAUUUUAUUCUUUUGAAUUUUGCUGAAAUGAAUAAAUUAUGGGUAAGAAUGCAGCAUCAAGGUCAUUCUAGAGAUAGAGAUAAGCGAGAGAGAGAAAGACAAGAAUUAAGGUUGUUAGUUGGGACAAAUUUGGUUCGUUUGUCACAGUUGGAGUGUGUAGACAUGGAAAGAUACAAGAAGGUUGUUCUUCCUGGCAUUUUGGAACAAGCAGUGAGUUGUCGUGAUGCUAUAGCACAAGAAUAUCUUAUGGAAUGUAUUAUACAAGUUUUUCCUGAUGAAUUUCAUCUUCAAACUUUAAAUAGUUUUCUGAAGGCUUGUGCUGAAUUGCAUCAACAUGUAAAUGUUAAAAAUAUCAUUAUAGCUCUUAUUGAUAGGUUAGCUGUUUUUGCCACACGUGAAGAUGGCAGUGGAAUACCUCAAGAAAUUAAAUUGUUUGAUAUAUUUUCUGAACAAGUAGCACAAAUUAUUCAGGUGCGUAGAAUUCAAAUGUUUAAAUAUCAUCUGUACAGUCUAAUAUAUUUAGUGUUUUCUUCUGGUUAUGUAGCUUCUAACAAACAUGCUAAGCUAGAUACUUUUUUUUUUAGAGUGGAUUAUAAUACAUCAGUAGCAAAAGAAUUGCUAAGGUUACUGAAAAUUCCUGUACAGAAUUAUAACAAUUUAUUGACUGUAUUAAAAUUAGAACAUUUUGGAGAACUAUUGGAUUUCUGUGAUUACCAUAGUCGCAAAACAAUGUCUACAUUUUUAGUCAAUAAUGCUUUAGAAAAUGAAACACUGAUACCAAUGCAAGAACAGGUAGAUCAAGUUCUGCUAUUAUUAGCUCCAUUAAUACAGGAUCAGCCUGAUCAACCUCCCGAUGACAAUGAUCCAGAUGAUUUUGCUGAAGAACAAGGUUUAAUGGGUCGUUUUAUCCAUUUAAUGCAAGCAGAAACAGCUGAUCAGCAGUAUCUGAUUUUAAAUACUGCAAGAAAGCAUUUUGGUAAUGGAGGAAACCAAAGAAUAAAGUAUACAUUACCACCUUUGGUAUUCCAAGAAUAUAAACUUGCAUUUCGAUAUAAAGAAAUUAAUGAAGAGGAUGAUAAAUGGGAGAAAAAAUGUCAGAAAAUUUUCCAGUUUUGUCAUCAGACUAUUACUGCAUUGAUUAAAGCUGAGAUGGCAGAACUUCCUCUUCGGCUUUUCCUUCAGGGAGCAUUAGCUGCUGGGCAGAUUGGAUUUGAGAAUCAUGAAACAAUCGCUUAUGAAUUUGUAUCUCAGGCAUUUUCUCUAUAUGAAGAUGAAAUAUCUGAUAGCAAAGCACAAUUGGCAGCAAUUACACUUAUUAUUGCUACAGUAGAGCAAAUGCUGUGUUUCAGUGAAGAGAAUCAUGAACCUCUUAGGACUCAAUGUGCUUUAGCAGCUUCAAAAUUAUUGAAAAAACCUGAUCAAUGUCGAGGCGUGAGUGUUUGUUCACACCUGUUUUGGUCUGGUAAAAGUCAGGCAACUAAAGGAGAAGAGAUGCAUGAUGGUAAGAGAGUGAUGGAAUGUUUAAAGAAAGGUUUGCGUAUUGCAAGCCAGUGCAUGGAUUCCAGUGUUCAAGUGCAACUAUUUGUUGAAGUUUUAAAUCAUUAUGUGUACUUUUUUGAAAAAGGAAAUGAUCAGGUAACAGUGCAAGUCCUUAAUCAACUUAUUGCAAAGAUACAUGAACAGCUUCCUGGAUUAGAAUCAAAUGAAGAAACAGACCAAAUCAAUAAGCAUUUCCAAAACACACUGGAACAUUUACGAAAUCGUAUGGAUGCACCAGAAAAUGAUGGACCAUCAUAUACUGGAUUAGUAUUAUAAAAGUAAGUUUUAUUUGAUA